AUGAUAAUGAUUAUUCCAAAGUUCCCUUAAGAGUUUUUUAUUAUCCCCCAUCUUUUACAUCAUGUUCAAUUAUUAGGUUUAUUUUUAGAGAGAUCAUCAGAUUAGGCCUUUGAUUACGCUGUGGUGUUGACACAUUUCUCUUUAAUUGAACCUAUGUUGACAUAUGAACUAAGCACAAUAUUUCUAUUUGUAAUUUUUGCUUUUUAAAUCAUAUUACUAAUUUAUCUACUUUUUGCAACAUUUGAAACUUAAAGAGUGUCCUUAAACUUUAAAUUAAGAUUAAUUUUAGAGAAAAAGAUAGAAUCAGUUAAUUCUAUACUGCACUGGUACUUUACUUUUUAUAGCAUCUUCACAAUACCAAUUAUUGUAAUUAGCGUCAAAUUUAUGUUAACUAAUUAUUAUAUAUUCGGAUAUUUUAAUGCAUUAUUAUAGUAUUGCUAAGGAAUAAUUCUCAUUUAUCUAUUAAGGAAUCACAGAUUCGCAGAAAACAAUUCCUUUAAAAGAAGAUUUGCAUAUGUUCAAUUAUUUAAUUAUACCAUUGGUUACUUAUUAAUCUUUUUUAGAUUCUAUUAAGAAAUUUUAUUUGUCAAGUAUAUCUUUGGAUUUUCUUAUGCAUUUUUGCAAAUAUUAGAUCAAUUUUAUAGUUGUCCUUAUCGAGAUCCAUUUAGAGAACCCUCAUUAAAAGUAGCUAUGGUACUAUUUAGUAGCAUAUUCAUUUGUCUUAUGUUUUCUUUGGAAAUAAUAGUAGAUGGAUAAUUGUUUUGGACUUUGUUUGUUGCUGCCUUAAUGAGUGGAGUGUCGACUUCAAUAAGUUCAUUGUUUCAUGAAUUUGCAAUGACUAAUUACAAUUCUCGUUUCAAUCUAUAAGAGAAAUAUAUAAUUAUUGGAGUGGAUUAAUUUUAUAGUCAUUUUAUCCAUUUUUAAACAAGUGAAUAUAAUAAAUUAACUUACUUUUAAUAAUUACUUAAACAUAAUGAGAAUUGUCUCAGACUUAAGUGUCCUUCUUAAAGAACUAAAUUAUCAAAAAUGAAUUUUAAUGAUAAGAUUUAAUUGCAAAAACUAACAAUUGAUGUAGUAAGUUGUAUCUUUAAGACUUGUCAUAGUAGGACUGUAGUCAAAAAUGGGGAAAUUCAUAAACCAAAGUUCGAGCAAUUGCAAUUACAAUAUAUUAGUUUUUUAUCAUCAACAGCAUAAAGACCAUUAAUUGGUUAUGUUGAAUUACGAAAAUAUCAGCAAGAUUAAAAUAGCGAUAAUUCCUUAUAUUUUAGAGAAUUGACUUCAAAAAUUUCAGCAGAGUUGGAGUUUUCCAUUUUGUAUCUCCAAGAGAGAAUGAUAUAAUAGCAAUUUAGAAAGGAAAGAUAUAUGGCAAAGGAGGAGAAAUUAACUAUUGCAUAACUCUGGAGGAAAAUCACUCCUAAAAUAAUAGAAGUAAUAGAAAAGAAACAAAAAUUUUGGGACAAUCUCAUCGAAGGUUACGAUGAUUUAGAACCAUUUCAUAAAGAAUAGCUUUAAUUGUGCAAAUCUAUAGAUGAAUUAUAUAAGAGUAUUAAAUCCACAAUCAUAAUACCAGAAGUGUUUUUUGAUAGAUCAAAAGAUAUCAGUUUAUAAACUGUCCUAAAAACAUUGGAUCCAGAAGAUAGAAAUAUCAAUAUACUAAAUUUGAAGUUGUAUUCUAUUCUAUACGCUGUGAUAUUAAAUGACUUUGACAGAGCAUUUUAAGCAGAAAAACAAAUAGAAGAACUUAUAAAAGAAGAUAGAUAGAAAUCGGUGGAAGUUAUUGAUGACUGUGCUCUCUUAAAGGAUGAAGCUGUCAUUAUCUUAGUGAGUCUUGUAAGAAAGAAGGGCCAUAUUGUGAAUAAGAAUUUGUUAACUUUAGCUAAUUUCUUUGAAUUUUAGAAUGUUUAAGAUAUAGCAGCUUAAACGCUAAUCUCAUCCUUCCUGCCACCUGAUUUAAGAAUAUUGCAUGAUGCAUAGUUAAAUGAUUUUAUAUCAAAGGGUUAUACUAAGUAUUCUGUAUAAAGCAUCCAUUCUUAUUUUCUAUAAAAAUAGGGAUAUUUAAGAGAAUGCUAUAUCAAAUUGGGUAAUUUAUUUUAAGAUUCCUCUGAUUUCGUUUUGACUGGUUCAAUUCUUAGAUUACAACCCUCAUAUGAUGUAAUUAUGUUUGAUAGUUAUGGCAAAAUUAUUGGAUCUACUUAAGAUUUCUUUGAAAAAAGGAUACUGCCCAAUAAUCCAAAUAUGACAAUGGAAAGAUUUGUGGAGCAAGGACAUAUCUUUAUGUUGAUGCCAUUUAUCUUUAUUAACCUAAGGAAAUUAGCUAAUGAAAUUGAGACAGAAUUUGUAGAUUAUACAUAUUUCCCAGAAUAAUUAUAAGAUAUUUGCUUAUAGUUUGGAUAGAUAUUCAAUGAUAGAUAAAAAUACGAUUAAAAAUUGUCAUCCUAUAAUUUAACUACUAUAAAGUCCUAGUUAGUAUCACAUGGCUCUGCUGUUUCUGCAAGAAGUUUCAAUAAUUAAGAAGAGUAAGUUAAAAUCAAAGGAUAGAAUAUCCCCAUGUUAUAAGUGGAAAGAAUGAAUUUAAUUUUAGACUUUUUAUAAAAGUAUCAUGAUGAAUAAACCAUCAAAUGUGAUGUACUUAAAAUUAAGUACAAUUUAGAGUUUCAGAUAAUGGAGACAAAAAAGGAGAGAUACCCAUAUUUUGUAUUAAAGUUGGAACCCUUAAGUGAAUUUGAAAGAUCAGAUUCAAGUUCAAUUAUUCCUUAUAAAAAGUCUAUUCGAAGAACUUUGAUGGCUCUAAAAUAUGGGGAAUCACAAACUGGAUUAGAUUCCACCAAUACAAAGAAUUUCAUGACUAGACAUCUUUAAGAAAACUCUGAUCAACUCAACGAAACUGCUGAUUUAAAAGGUCCUUCAGACCAAUAAAUUUUAGAAUAGAUUAUGGAAAUAAACAAUAGUAAUAUUUCUAAACUAUUAAAAUAACAGGAUGAGUCAAAAGUCAUCUUUGAAAAUCCUCAAAUUUCUAGGAUUGAAGACUAAGACUUUCAAUAAUUAGUAUAGGAUAUUGAAGAAAGUAAAAUCAAUGCCUAAUAACCAGAAUAGGAACAAUUUGAUGAUCCAAAAUAUGAAUCUGAUUUAAUAGAAAAAAAGUCUGAUAGUUCAAAAGAUUUAUAAAAAAAGAAGAAAAAUGAUAUUCUAGAAAUUUUAAGAAAGAAUAUGAAUAAUUAGGAAGUUUAAGAUCAUGAAAAUAAAUAGUCUUCUAAACCUAGUUCAGCAAAAACCUCAUCAUCAAAGUCUCCAUAUCUAUUGAUUAGAUCUCUCUAUCAGUUUGGUGAAAUCAAUACUCAAAUGUGGUUAAUAAUAAUAUUAAACAUUGUUGUUUGUCUAACUGCACUAAUUUUAGUAUUCAUUAAGAUCUACAUAGUCUAAGAUUAAUUCGGAAUUCUUUAAACUAAUUUAAAUUAUGUUUAAUAUCCGGAAAAAAUCAAUAAUUACUUCUUAAAGACUCUGAUGUUUUCAUCAAACAUUCUUCAAUAAAAACUAAAUUUCGUAAACUAUAGCUAAAUAGUGAAUGAUGCCUUCAAAACUGAAUUCAACACUUUAGCUUUGAAUAUUGAACAUGACUUAAAGAGUAUUUAUGAGGAUAUCAUUACUUUUGAAAAUUAAGUAAUACCAUUAAAUGACAAUCUCAAAAUCAUCAAUAACCUAUAAUAGUUCGAAAUUACAUUUGAUCUUACAAUAUUGUUAGAGCAGAUAUCAUCAAAUUCAAUCAAUUUAAAUCAAUAAAUCCAAAACGAGUUAGACGAAAAAUUCGUGUCACUCAACCUAUUCUUCAAAUUAAAUAUGGUUCAAGUCAUAACAGUUAGUAAAAGUUAUAUAAAUUAUCUAAAUGACAAUUUAAUAUUUUAUGAGUAAUAAAUUGUUAAUGCUCUCAUUUAUGUAGUUGUUGCGGAACUUAGUGUCAUAACAACUUUUAUGUUUUUGAUCAUAAAGGUCUUGCAAGAUGUUAAUUAAUUAAUCAGAAAGAUCUUAGUACUUAUUACUAAAUUGAGUGAAGAUGAUGUGAAUCAGAUUAACAAGAUUUAUAAUGAAAUCAAAACUAUUUUAAAGGAUCCAAAAUAAGUCUUAUGGAAAUAAACAAACUUUGUUAAAUAUGUAUUUGAAUCAAACUUUGUGAAAGCAAAAGAAGAUUUAAAUUUUCUUUAGUCCUCAAGUGGAUAAAGUACUGCUAAGAACAAUAAGCAGAAAUUCAAAAAGAGAUAUUAAAAUAGUUCCUUAACUUCAAGAGUUUAUAACUUGAGAUUACCUCAAAUUUGGAACUAUGCCUUCUUAUUUGGAUCAUGGUUAUUUCUAGCAGGAUAUCUAUUAGGUGCAUUAGGCUUAUCUAUAUCAAUGGUCUAAUCCAUUAAACCAGCAAUCACAUUAAAUUUAUAAUUGAUUGAAUUCAAAUUAAAAUUUGAUUCCCUUGUUGUUUAUGGAGAAAUUUUGAAAACUGACUAUUUGGUGAAUAAAAAAUUAAAUCAAAUUUUUGAGUUGUCUUAAAUUGACUUUAAUUAAGAUGGUGUUUUAUCAGAAUUUUUCUCCUUACAAAAUGGCUUUUAAGAUUAAUUAUCUGUCAUUUAUGAUCAAUUAGCUUCAAGUACAUCCCUAUUAGAAGAACAAAAAAACACAUUGUUAGUACCAUUUCGAAGUUCCCUUUGUGAAAGUGAUCCAACUCUGGUUCCAGCUUGUACAAAUUCAUUUGCACCAGCCUCUUCAGAUAAUAGUUUGGACUAUAUAUCUGGAGGGAUAGUCGAUAUGGUACAUGAAUUUUCUAAGACUUUGAAAACAUUUUGGUAAUCAAACGAUUAUGCUAUAACAGAUGAGGAUUAAUUGGAACACUUUUUAUCAGGGUAAGUUCAUACAACUGAAUUUACACAUCAUUUUCUAUUUUAAGGGAAGAUAAUGGAACAAAUCGCAAGUACGAUGCUGAAUUUAAAUAAAAGUACUUUAGACUCAGUUAUUUUAAAAUUUCAAAUUUAUAUGUAUACUAUGGGCUUAGCAAUGAUUAUCAUUUAUAUCUUGUGUUUUUACAAGUGGAUAUUAAGAUUGGAUAAUGGAAUGUAUUUGACAAAGUUAGCUUUAACUUUAAUUCCUGCAGAUUCUUUAACUGAACAAAAGACAAUGACAGACUUGAAAAAUAUUUAAAAUGAAUGA